AUGGCUAGUUCACCAGCUAUCGACGUCGUCAUUACUUCUUCGCCCGACGUUUUCGACAUCGACGGACCUACCGAUCUAAGCAUCUGCCUCAGUCUCACGCUUCGUCACAACAAACCGAUUACAUUGUACAAACGUGAGACGAGCCUCUUCGACGGCAAGAUUCUCCAUGGUGGCGGGCUCACGUUCACCGAUGUCGAGACUGGCCAACGCGUGCCACAUAGCACCUUGAAUCUCUGCUAUUUCUCUAGCGAGAGCUUCUCAUGGGCGACUAGAAGCCAAUACUUUACACUACAUCCAGGGAAACAACAUGUUAUCCACACCGGCUUUACACCUCUAAGUACAAGCGGACGGGAGAAAACGGAUCCAAGAGAAUCGUGGGUGAGGUCGUUGAAGUUCGCCGGCUUCAAAGAUGGGCAGACAUGUAGAAUGGGCAUCAGUGAGAACGCUUUUGUCAAGGACUGGUUUGAGGGAACAGUCUGGAAGCUACUAGGAUGGCAGAUGCUGGGUUGGGCGCCGACGACAGUCCACACGCACAUCAGCUAUAGGGUUGUUGAGUCAUCGGUUGUCACGAUCAAGCGACUCGAAGCAGAUGAUGAUAUCCGCCUCGAGGACGUACUCUCUGUGAAACUGACUGAUUGA